AUGGCGGAGGUGGUCUUAAAAGUAACAAACCAUGAGCAGCUGAAGCGGAAAGUGGAGUCCCUGGAAAAGACAGUUUUAGAACAGAGAGUACAACUUAAACAUCUACAAGAGCAGAUUAACCAAACCAAUAAUGUUGAUGACAUGAAGAGGAUGUCACUGUCUAGUCAAACCAGUACUCACAGCGACAGCAAUGAAAUUAAUAAUGUAAUGAAAACUUUCAACUUCAGUGGAAAUUCAUCCGUCGUGUUAUCAAGUCAAGAUGGUAUCCCGCAUAUGAAGGAUUACACAAUGUGUUUGUGGAUGAAGAAUACAAAUUUUAGUGACGAGCAACGAGAACUUGUUCACUACGAAACAUCUCAUUCUUUGAAACAAUAUCCAUUUUAUUAUAGUAUUACUUUGUUGACGCAUCGGAUAUGCAUUCAACAUAUGAAAGGGUCCAUGUGUGCUCCCCCGAAUCCCUCCUCUUAUUUUCCAUCUGAUGGUCUGUGGCAUCAUAUUUGUUUAGAGGUUGUUGAUGGGAGUAAAAUGGUAGUGUACGUUGAUGGAAUUCAUCCAAAUCAAUCAUCAUGGAUGUACCCAUUUGGUAACACUUCAAAAACCUUGCUAGCAAAUGGCGAUAUAUAUCUUGGCCAUAAUCAUGGUGUUACCAUACUUGACAGAUCUAAAUCUUUUGUUGGGAAAAUUACACAGUUUAAUAUGUGGGAUAGACAACUUGGUUCACAAGAGAUUUCUCAGUUGGUGAUGCCGUGUAGUGUGAGAAGAAUCACAUCAGCACUAGUUGCCGUGGGUAACGGGAUGAUAGAAGUUGAUGAUAUUAAGACAUCAUUAGAUCAACGACAAUGCAUUCAAUUAACUGUGGCUCCCGCUGAUGGACUUUAUUUACAAAAUGUCUCGUAUGAUGAAAACGAUUUUAAAGUUGACUGA